AUGGCUUCUGAAAAUCAGGAACAACGCACCUUGCACCUCGUUGGCAUUGGAGUCGGUCACUCGAUCGCUCCGCCAAUGCACAACCAUAUUGCUCAAUCACUCGGCCUCCCAUGGACAUUCUAUGCUACAGAAUGUGCCACUCUCGAUGACCUAAUGGAUCUUGCGCGAAAAGACACCACGGCAGGUCUAGUCGUAACAAUGCCUUACAAAAACGCCAUCAUUCCUCGUCUCGAUGCAUUAGAUGAUCUUGCUGCCACCAUUGGCGCUUGUAAUAACGUCUAUCAAGACUGGGAAGAUCCCAAGAAGUUACGUGGAACCAAUACCGACUGGCGCGGCAUCAAGGGCUGUUUGCUCGAGAAGGGAGAUCAGGCUGGAGUGCCCGUUCUGAAUAAGCCAGCUCUGAUCGUUGGCGCUGGGGGAGCUAGUCGAGCUGCUGUUUAUGCGCUCAGCUCGUACUUCCAAUCUUCAAUUAUCUAUGUGUUGAACCGCGAUGAGCAAGAAGUCAAAGACUUAAUGCGAGACUCUCAGAAGCUUUCUCCCGUUCCGACCAUCCUUCACGUCAAGGAGGGGGAAGCCCAGAAACUCGAGACACCAUACUACGUUGUCGGUACGGUGCCUGACUUUGAACCCAAAACACAAGAUGAACUUGCUGUUCGAGCCAACCUGGAAGAGUUUCUGUCUCGUCCUGAGAAGGGAGUUCUACUCGAUAUGUGCUUCAAGCCAAGACGGACCAGAAUGAUCAAACUGGCGGAGCAGAAGGAUUGGCCUACGGUGGAGGGAACGCAUGUUAUUGGGUAUCAGAUUGAAGAGCAGUGGCGGCUUUGGGCUGGUAAAGAGAGGGUGAAGAUGCUUGAUAGAGAGGGAGCGUGGAAGGUUCUUAUCGACUCGGCUGAGAAAAGUCCUGGCAUCAACUUCUAGAUUUUAUAUACUUACAGAUUGAGACGAAGUAAUCUACGUACGAACGUCUCUUGCCACCAGACUUUAAAAAGCCGCGUCAAUCUAGACUGAAAAGCACCUUCACGGAUUCUAGAGAUUUACUAAUAUGUAUGCAUCGCUGUCGAUGUUAGGUCCUAU